AUCGGAAUUGUCAAGUAAAUCAAGUGUCAAGUCAAUGUCAUGUUAGUAAUAGUAGCGAUUUACUGAAGAAACGAAUGAAUGAAUAGGGAAAAGGAUAGUUUUAAAUUUGUCUUGUGGUGUGAUCAUUAUUAAGUGUCGUCAUUGCAAAUUGAAUUAGAAAGCCAGCAAAUCACUUGAACAGAAGCGUGUGUUUAUAAUGAUAGUCUUAAGUUGACGUAACGGUGGCCUAUUCCAAUAACUUGAUUAUUGGAGUAAUGCUGCCACGGGCUCAAGACGCUUUCGUAACAAACUAAAUGGCAAAACAUUAGAUAAACACAAAGAUGUAUGGUACUAAUGGCUCGGAUUUUCCUCCCGUUACCGAGGAUACGUUUUGUAAAUAUGUUUUAUACUACGAGAUAAAUAAUUCUAGGGUCCGUAUCUGGGAUUUGAUUAUUUUGAUACCAAACGCUUUGUUUGUGCUUUUCUUAGUGGUAAGAUUUAACAAAGCUCAGUUGAAAUUACGCGCUACGAGUAGUCCUAUAUUCUUGACAUUCUACACGUUGGUAUGGGGGAACGUGAUCAUAAGUCUGGUGCGGUGCGCCGUGUCUAUGACUGUGAAUGCAUCUGUACCACUUGGAGGGCUUGUGGAUAAGGUCUUAUGGGUCAUGGUACGGUUCUUCCUGCUGGCCACAGAAAUGAGUGUUGUCAUAUUUGGACUGGCUUUUGGUCAUUUGGACAGCCGCAGUAGUAUUAGAUAUGUGUUACUUGCAACAUCACUCUUAUCCCUUGCAUUUACCGUAACACAAGGCACCUUGGAGAUUGUAAUGCCAGAUGACAUGUUCCAUGUUGACACCAGAGACUAUGACCUCUUUGGUCAUGGUGGGAUGCUAUUCUGGUUCACAUCCUCCUUAGUCUUUGCUCUUAUAUACUUUUUAAUAUUACUGCUACCAUGGAUCCCACUUAGAGAAUAUCUGGCUUUACCAACUAAACUGUCUUUCUACUUAUACGUGUUGCUGCUGGCGCUGCUCGACACGACCCAGGCAGUGGGCGCGGGCCUCCUCGCCUGGGGCAAUAUGCAGUCGGGGCUCUGCGUCGUCGACGUCACGACUUGGCUAUACUUCUCUCUGUACACUCCACUCGUCUAUCAUACAUUCCUCAGCGAAUUUUUCAGUGUAUCUCAACCAAGCAUCAUGUUCUCGUACAAGGCUCAGAUGGACGAGCCCAUGGACGAAGAUCAGGUAUCCUUGCCUCACCAGCAGAGCUUUAGCUCACUCAAAACUGAUUCUGAUUAUAUCUAUCAGCAGAGUAACAGCGUGUAUGACAGCACGUUGUUCGAGGCCGGCGGGACUACGCCAAUGAACCCGGUGUACAGCGCGUCGCUACAGAGCCCCGACUCGAUAGCGUCCGGGCAGUCCAUAGACAUCGCGCCCAACCCCGGCUUCCAAAGCCAAAACAUGCCCUCAACAUAACAACAAUGACGAUAUAACGAACGUUAUUGUGUUACAAUUCCACACAUCCAAAGAAAAAAACAUUACUAACUAUAUUUAGAGUCGCGUAACUAUAGAAACUAAAGAGGUUAACAGUAGGUAGUCGAUUGUUUUCUACAUUUUUGAAUCUCAUCUCUUAUAUUUACCAACUUAUUUUGUCUUCGCGUACCAUUUAUUUUUGUGAUAAGCAAAGCCAGUGAUCAAAUCGAAUUAAUUGAGACUGCAUUUCAUCCAACUUCUGCUAAUAUAAAAUACCUAUGCAUUGUGUAAUGGAUCCAUCCAUAAGAUUUUGACAUUAGAUUAUAUUAUCAUAGUGAUUAUAAUGUAGGUUUAUUAUAAAAGUUGCUGUGACUGUAGGAACUUGUCUUGUGAUUUAUUUUAGUUGCCUUGUUUGAUUUUAGACGUUGCAAUUGAAGAUAUGUACACUACAAUUGAUAAUACUUACUGCAAAAGCUUAGUAAAAAUUCACCAUCCUCUAUUAAAAAUAUCGUUCUGUAGCACUUAUGAUUGAUAGCUAUCGAUUUGUAUUAUAUAAUACAUUCAAUUUUGAAACAUUACCUUUGUUUACUAUUUGAUAUAGGAUAAGCCACUUUUUAGUUUACUAUAUCAUUUAAGUCUCAUAAAAACAUAUCUGAAAUAAUUAAUCGAAAUAAAGCAAUAACUCUAAAUCUAGUGUCGAUCAUAACGUGUAUUGUAAAACUACUCAUAACUGGCAGUAUUCAUACUUGAAGUAUUAGGACUGUUGUAAAAUGUUCGUUUAUUUCGUGAUUGUGCUACAGAUGCUUUAUAGUAAGGAAUAAGUUGUUAUAUAGUGUGAUUGAUUUGUAAUUGGUUUAUAUACAUUUUAUAUUGUACUGUGAUUCAUUAAUCUACUUACUUUUGUUGUUUUUUUUUUAUGAAAUAGAAUGUGUAACGAAAAGGCAAAUUGUAAGCAGUGUUUUAUAUAGUUGUUAAGAAGGCUAUAUUGUAAAUUUGUAAUUAAUAAUUAUAUCUUAGGUGGUGAUCUGAUUGGUAAUUAACAUUUAAUGUUUAUUUCUAACAUUGUUCUACAAGAGUUCCGAAACUAUGCCUGCACCAAUUUUGUUACCAACUAUAUUUACAAUUUGUUUCCCACCUAUAUAAAGUUACUAUAUUUAAGAAGGGAGAGUUUGUGUUGAGUUAAGGAAGCGUUUAUUCGCCGUAAAACUUAUAAAUGGUACUGUAAGAAAAGUUGCUCACGCAAUAUUGCAGCUUUUGUCAUGCACAGUGACGUCGUUCGUUGUUUGACCUUACAUCUUAUCGUCGCAGUGAUUUGUUGCUAGUACAGAGAGACAUUCUAAACUUAGUAACGCGCUUCGAAGGUCGAUGACUUUACAUUUUAGUGUAUGGACAAAUACGGUACACAAAUUUUAGAUCAAGCAUCUACACAGUUCAGUAAUAUUUUACCAAUAAAUAACUAUAUUUUUUGAAGAUUAGCUUAGUUUAGCGAAAGUAGUGUUUUAGCAUUACAAGGGAUGACCGUAUAGGGAACAAAAUGCCUUUAGUAGCUAUGUUUGCAAAGACAUAGUUUUGCAAAACUCUGUUAAGCGUACCUGACGUAUAUCUCAAUAUAUUUUCCUGUUAGAUGUUGCUCGAAACAAUUAGUCCUGGGAGGAUCAGGAAAUUAAAAAAACUAAAAUCUUGAAUUUAGAUAAUCUUCCCUCAAACACUUCCUUCUUUAUAUAUUAGUAUAGAUUCGAAUAAAAAGGAUACUGAAUGCUGUAUAUAAAAAGGCUAUUUAUUUUACUAAAUCUAUGAUAUUUAUGCUCUUUCAGUUAUGUGAUUAUGUUAUAUACUCAGUAUCAGCAGACGUCGGAAAACGGUCAUGUCAAUUCUCUACAACAGUUUUAUUACCAAUGAUGACCAAGUCAAUUUUCCUUUAAAUUGUGAUAGUCCAUAAUUAUAUAAAAAAACUUUAAGUGAUAUUUUGGUUGAUGGCGUAUA